AUGGGACUUCCGCUGCCGAAAGCAGACAUUGAAUGGAAUGGACUCUCUGCCCUGACAGAAGUCAACGGCCAUGUCCAAUCACGUUGGAAUCGCGAAACUGGGGAAUGGUCAAAGCCGGAAUUUGUCUCAGAUCCCUUCCUUCGCGUUCAUGGGCUCGCACCAAUCUUUAACUACGGACAGGGUGCAUUUGAGGGCCUCAAAGCGUUUCGUGGCCCAAAUGACAAUGAAAUCAACAUCUUCAGGCCUGAAUUCCAUGCUUUACGCAUGAAGCACUCUGCUUCACUGGUGUCCAUUCCUCAAAUUCCUGAAAGCCAUUUCCUACGCUGUGUUCGGCUAGCUGUGGUCAACAAUGCUGAGUUUGUCCCACCUCACAGUUCAGAUGGCAUGCUAUACAUUCGACCCGUUGUUUUUGGCUCCGGACCUCGGAUCCUGCUGAGCCCAACGGACGAAUAUACCUUCUGUGUCUAUGUAACACCAGCAUCUGCUUACCACGGUAUCAAAGCCUUAGACGCUUUGAUCCUGGAAGAAUUUGACCGCGCCGCUCCUAAAGGGACUGGUUCAGCAAAAGUGGUAGGCAAUUAUGCUCCUGUAAUGAAAUGGGCAGAGAAAGCGAAGAGCGAAGGCUUUGCCAUCACGCUCCAACUUGAUAGCCAAACUCACACUGCUAUCGACGAGUUCUCGACAUCUGCAUUUGUGGGCAUCAAAAAUGAGGGCGAAAAGAUCAAACUUAUAAUUCCUGAGAGCUCGAGUAUUAUUGCUAGCGCUACAAGUGAUAGCAUUCAGCAAAUAGCUAGGUCUUUUGGAUGGGAGGUGGAACGUCGACUGGUCAAAUAUGAGGAGUUAUCCCAGUUUUCGGAAGUGAUUGCAUGCGGAACCGCUGCAACCGUCAUGCCAAUCAAGUCGAUCACGAUGAAAAGUACAGCGGACAAGUUUGUCUAUGGAAAUGGAAGCUCUGAGCCCGGCCCAAUUGCAUCGAAACUUGGAAGGACGAUUGAGGCCAUGCAGAAGGGAAGAAUUAAAGAUAAUUUUGGAUGGAUUACGAGAUUAGCGGAUAUAUAA